UGUCAAAAUGUUUAAGAACGUUAGGCUUUGAACUUCCAAGCAUAACAUUUGAGAAGUCAGUUUUGGGCAACUCCUCUUAAAUUCCUAAGACACCAUAAUAGUAAAAGACACUUCCAAAACUGCGUACGCCUUCCUUCAUGGACUUUGAACUCUUCCUUUUUUAAUUGUCUUCCCCUCUGUUAACUUCUUCCAAACAAUUCCUCUUUCUUCCCCUCUGUCGGCUUUUAAGGUCUGAGAAUUGCUCUGAUACAAAGCAUUGGUUGAAUAUAAGAAAACUGGUCAGUGGUGCAUCAUAAAGUUAUGACUUGUUUUUCUUUCUUAUUCCGUAGACGUUUAGAUUCUUCAACCAACCAGUCUUUUGAGGUUGAGGAAGAAUUUGACAUUCACAAUGUAAAAUUGUACACAUACAAAGAAUUAAAAAGUGCUACUGAAGAUUUUAGCCUUGCCAAUAAAAUUGGAGAAGGAGGUUUUGGUUCUGUUUAUAAGGGGCGGCUAAAAAAUGGGAAUCUUGCUGCUAUAAAAGUUCUUUCAGCUGAAUCAAGACAAGGGGUCAAAGAAUUUAUGACAGAGAUUAAGGUGAUCUCAGAAGUAGAGCAUGAAAAUUUGGUCAAGCUCUAUGGCUGUUGUGUAGAAGACAAUCACAGAAUCUUGGUCUACAACUACCUUGAGAAUAAUAGCCUUUCCCAGACUCUUCUUGGUAGUGGUCGCAGUAAUAUCCAGUUUAAUUGGAAAACACGGUCUAAAAUAUGCAUUGGGAUUGCACGUGGGCUUGCUUUUCUUCAUGACGAAGUAAAGCCAUACAUUGUUCAUAGAGAUAUCAAAGCAAGCAAUAUUCUUCUCGACAAAGACCUAACGCCCAAAAUAUCAGAUUUUGGCUUGGCAAAGCUUAUCCCAGCGAACAUGACUCAUGUCAGCACUCGUGUGGCUGGAACAAUAGGUUAUCUAGCACCUGAGUAUGCAAUAAGGGGCCAGUUGACGCGAAAAGCAGAUAUUUACGGUUUUGGCGUUCUUCUCAUAGAAAUAGUCAGUGGGAGAUGUAAUACAAAUACGCAGCUACCUGUAGGAGAACAAUAUCUCCUAGAACAGACAUGGGACCUUUACGAGCGAAGGGAGCUGGUUGGGUUGGUAGACGUAUCUUUGAACAGUGAUUUUGAUCCGGAGGAGGCUUGUAGGUUCCUCAAGAUUGGUCUUCUUUGCACCCAAGAUACUCCCAAACUCAGGCCAUCUAUGUCAUCUGUGGUCAUGAUGCUAACUGGCCAGAAGGUUGUUGAUGAGAAGAAGAUAACAAAGCCGGGUUUAAUUUCUGACUUUAUGGACCUCAAAGUGCGAAGUUCUGAGAAAACCAAGUCAGAAAGCAAACAUACAUCUUCUUAUAAUGCUACCUCCAGCUCUGACUACCUAGACAAUUCAACCCUAUCAUCAGGAACCUCAACUUCUGCAACAAUGACCUUCAACCCUCCAUAUGACCAGAGUGUUUAAGCAUUGAAACGAAUGAAGUUAUCAAAUUUUAUUCAUUUUAUUCUAUUUUUCACUUUUGAAGCUUGCCGUUUUGUAAAUUGUACAACAGUGAUCUCUUUCUGUACUUCGUCAAAAUAGCCGAAAGUACACUCUUUGUAAAUGUACUGUGUUUGUUAAGCUAAAAGGAAAUUUUUGCGGAGUUGAUCAA